AUGUACAUAGAUUUUCAAUAUGGAAACUUACAAGAAUCUUCUCCAGCAGCAAUGUCAACUAGUGUGUGUGUAUAUUCUUCACCAAUCCGUUUGAAUGAUCAUCGUUCUCAAUAUCUUGAUGCAUUUGAUCAUUAUCCACAAAUAAUCAUUGAAAAUAAUAGUAAUAAUGAUAAUAGUACAAAAGAAGAAACAACAAAAACUAGUCGAAAUAUGUUAUCAAAUGAUUUGAAUGAAGAUGAACAUUGUCAAAUUUGUGGAGAUUUAGCAUCUGGAUGGCAUUGUGGAGCAAUAACAUGUGAAGCAUGCAAAAAAUUUUUUUUACGUUCAAUUUCAACAUGUGAUGGAAAGAAAAAAUAUAAAUGUCAAAAAGAAUUAAGAUGUUCAAUAACAAAACGUUCUCGAACUCAAUGUCAAUAUUGUAGAUUUCAAAAAUGUAUUUCUGUUGGAAUGAAAGCUCAUAAAUUGAUAGGAUCAAAGACAGAAGAUUUAUAUAAAAAAUUACCAUGUCUUAUUUGUAAAGCAUCAGCAUCAGGUAUUCAUUUUGGUGCUGUUACAUGUGAAGCUUGUAAAGGUUUUUUUCGUCGAUCAAUAAAAGAAAAUGCUCCUGAACGAUAUCAUUGUACUGAAAAUAAUAAUUGUGAAAUAAUUUCAACAUCAAAAAUAACUUGUAGAGCAUGUAGAUUUCGAAAAUGUAUUGAAGCUGGAAUGUCUAUGAAUGCUUCUCGUAUUGGUCGACAAUCAAAUCUUUUUAAAGAAAGUAUUCGACAAUUACAAAAUAAUUCAACAACAAUGGCAACUGUGACAGAUUCAGCUCGUAUUGCAUCAAUAGCUAAAAGACGAAAAACUAAGACUAGAAUUGAAAGAAUAUUUGCAUCAGAUCAUGAAAUUGAUAUUGAACUUUCACCAACAAUAAAAGAAUUUAUUGAAAAAGUCUAUAAUGCUUAUCUUAUCUAUUUAAAGGUUUUACAAAUAUGUCUAAUAACUGAAAAAACAUUUCUGAAAUCUUCAUAUGAAAAUAUUCAAUCAAUAUGGAAUUAUUGGCAAGCUGAUUCAACAUUAUUAAUGGAAUUAAAUACACAUAUUCCACAAUUAACACAAGCAGAAAAUUUAUUUCGAUCAUUUGAAUCUACAUUACGAGAUCUUCAUUUCGAUGAAAAAGAAUUUUCUCUUCUUUUAUUAAUGAUUAUUACUCGACAUAACUUGAGUUUAAUUAAUGAAGAUAAUAAAUCAUGGUCAAAAUAUCAAUAUGAAUGUGUUCAUGCAUUUUCUGAAUAUAUGCAAACUCGUCGAUCGAAUAUUAAUGGAGAACUAUCAAUUGAAUUUUAUGAUAUUGUUUUUUUGGUAUCUCAACUUCGUUCAUUAAAUUGUCGUAUAACUCAAUGUUUUAUAAAUUUUCCAUGGCCAUAUGUACGAAAUUUACCUUCAUUUUUUUAUCGUAUUUUUUUACCAAGUAUUACAAAUAUGUCAUCAAUAUUAAAUAGUAAUUAUGAUCCAUUGUCAUUGUCGCCUGUGAAGUCAUCAUUUAAUAGUACUAAUCGUUAUGAUACCGAGUUAUUUAGCGAUACUUUAAAUAGUAAUUCAAUUGAUGUUAGUAUGUGUCAUGAUCUGUGUUGGAAAUACUAA